AUGCCGAUAGUGAUAGGAGUCACAGGCUCCAACAGUCAGGGUGCCAUCAAUGAACAAACCGACAUGGCUGAUCCUUUAGCAGAUUUGGCUGGGAUUCUUCGCCAUCAGGCUCGAGGUCUGGGUCAUAUGUCCCAAAUCAUACAGACAGAUUAUAGGCCCCAGCUCCAACAUAUGUUUUAUAGGCCCCAAUCCCCACAAAUGGGUUAUACACCUCAGUUUCAAAAUACAUUGCCGACCCCACAAACAGUUUUGAGGCCGGGUGGUCGUGAUGGAUUUGAGCAGUACUAUUUUGAGGGUGCAGAUGCACAGACAACCUUUCGGUUGCCACAUACCCCGCACACGCCACGGCCACCGAACACGCCACCGACGCCGCAUGGCUCCACCUCUAGAGGUGUUACGGGCGGUCACGACUCGAAUGCGAGUGAUUUUCAGGAGUCUUCGUUGCCCCUCAUCAUCCGAAAAGGGAAAAAGUGGAAUUCACUAGAGAAUAGUAACAUAUUUGAAGCCUUCAAGUGUGUCCUCAAGGAUAGAUACAGGGAUCGGAUGAAGCGUAUCAGGAUUAAAUAUGGGGAAAUGGCACGAAAUGAUGGGAAACCCGUCCCCCUAGGUCAUUGUACCUACUACGAAGGGAUGCAUGACUACCGCACUGGGCGCGUACCGGAGAAUGCGUGGCGAUGUUUAUGUGAUAACCGCAAAGUCGCAGAUGCCAAUGGGUCGACAGCUAGGCACACCGCGGGUAGUAUAGGAUUUGACGAGCACCAUAACAACUUAGAAAAGAUGAUGGGUAAACCACCCACACAAUUUGAUGUUUUCAUGAAGACGCAUGGCACAGCUGAGGCGAAAAAAAGAUAUUUUGCGGGAGAUCAUGAAAAUCUCGAAUAUUGCUCACUAACUGCCAAAGAAGCACAAGAGAUGUAUCUACAGGAGCUGGUAAAAAAACACGGAGAAGACUCUUCAAACCAUAAAGAUGAUGCGAGGGUAUGGGAGGAAAUUCAACUUAGGAGAAAAGGAAAGAAGAAGGGUGAUAUCUAUGGCAUAUGA